AUGCCUAACUUGAUGGACUCAGAUGAUGAAUCUAAUAUAUCUUUUACUGAUAAUGGAUUAUUUCCAACUUUAAAUAAUCAAAGAGACUCACAAAAUACCGCCGAUUCAAAUUCAAUCCAUCAUUUAAGAAAUGUGUUUAACAAUCAGAAUGCAAUUGAUUCAGAUUCAUUACUCACAAAACCAAGUGCAACAUAUCAAAAAUUAGAGUCCGUAUCACCACCACUACUGAAAGAUGAUUAUUCGAUCCAUUCAAGUAUUAUAGACGAUAUGACCAAGGAAGAUCUACUGCAAGAGACUGGAAGAUUCAAAUAUUUAAGAUCAUAUGAAAAACUACUAAAGAAUAAGAAACCUACCCACAACGAUAUACCAUUACAGACAAUAAAGUCAAAUCAAUCAUCAGUUUUCGAAUUAUCAAAACUUAAUGAUUUCGAUAGGUUCGUCAAAGAAACUUCAUUAAAUGAUCAAAUUAUUAGUAAGCUACCUCAAAAGGAACAACAAUUACUACAAGUAGUAGAUGAACAAGAUUUAGGACAGAAAUUUUAUGCUGGUAAUGAAAUUUCUACUGAAGGUAAAAACUACAAACUCAAAAACAUAUUUGGCAAGACUAAGAAGGAAAAAGAAGAUAAUGAAUUCAUAACAAAUAGUGAUGUCAGUGAAUUAUAUUAUCCAACGACAAACUCCUCAACAACCAAAAAUUCACAAUAUCUACAUAGAUCUUUGAAAAUACGACAUUUGCAGAUGAUAUCAUUAGGUGGGACAAUUGGAGUUGGGCUAUUUUUAAAUUCGGGUAAAGCUAUCAAUAUAGCAGGUGGGUUCGGUGCAGUUUUAGCAUUUAGUAUAGUUGGACUUGUUGUUUUAUGUACAAUGAUGUCUUUUUGUGAAAUGGUGACGUUUGUUUCAGUAAUAGAUGGAGUUUCAGGUUUAAGUUCAAGAUUUGUUGAUGAUGCUUUUGGAUUUGCCACUGGUUGGGUAUAUUUUUUAAGUUUUUCAUUUGGAGUUGCGGGGGAAAUUGUUGCAGGAGUUAUAAUGUUAUCUUAUUGGCCACACCUAAAUACUACAACACAUAAAGGCUCAACUACAGGGUUUGUUACAUUAUUUUUGUCAUCUAUAUUAGCAGCAAACCUAAUAGAUGUAAGAGUAUUUGGAGAAAUUGAAUAUAUCUCAAGUCUUAUAAAAUUAAUCUGGGCAGUAGUAAUGAUGUUUAUCAUGAUUUUCUUAAAUAGAGGUAUAUUAGGUGGUGGACCAGUUUUAGGUUUCAGGUAUUGGGAUAAACUGAAAUCUGACUUUGAAAAUAAUAUAAUUUUUGGAUUAUUUAGGCCGAGUUUUAAUUUAUACGAUAGUGGGACAAGUUCACCCACAGAUGGAAUUGGCGGGAACACAGGUAGAUUUUUAUCUGUACUUACAGCUAUUUUGGUGGUUUGUUAUGCUUACUCGGGGACAGAAAUUGUUUGUAUAGCAGCAUGUGAAGCUAAAAAUCCAAGAAAAGCAUUACCAUCGGCAACAAGAAGAGUAUUUUGGAGAAUUGUUAUAUUUUAUUGUUUGUCUGCAUUUUUGGUAACGCUAAAUGUUUAUGCAGGAGAUCCAAGAUUAUUGAGAUAUUUACUGGGUAAAACAGGUAUUGAUAAAUCACAAUUUGCAACAAACAUUGCUAUACAAUCAGUUGGAGGAGCUCAUUGUGCACAAGAUUCAGAAGUUUUUGCAGGCUAUGGAAGUGGUGCACAAAGUGCAUGGAUUGUCGCAUUACAAAGUGCUGGAUUAUGUAGGUUAAGUGAUGUUACAAAUGUAUUUUUAGUGUUUUUUGCAGUAAGUUGUGGUAAUGCUCAAUUAUAUGUUAGUUCAAGAACUGUUUACGCAUUAGCAUUACAAGGAAAAGCCCCGAAAUUUUUAACUUAUUGCAAUAAACAUGGUAUACCAUACAAUGCAGUAUUAUUAGCAGGUUCAUUUGGGCUACUAUCAUAUACUUGUGUCUCAGAAUCUGCUACGGUAGUGUUUCAAAAUUUGAAUAGUGUAAUUGCAUCGUCAGGUAUAUUUGUUUGGUUUGCAAUGUGUUUAACAUUCAUUAGGUUCUUUUUUGGAUUGAAAAGAAGACCAGACAUACUAAAAAGGACAGAUAAAUCUUAUCCGUAUAAAUCUUUUGGUCAACCUUAUAUGGCAAUUAUUGGAAUGGUCUUGACUGCCUUUAUAAUGUUAAGUAUGGGAUUUGUUGUGUUUCUAAAAAAGGAAUGGAAUACAAUGUUUUUCUUUUCAAGUUAUGGACCAUUAAUUACAUUUGCUGUCUUGUAUAUUGGUUAUAGAAUGUUUAAAGGUUCAACUAUACCAAGUUUAGAUAAAUUAGAUUUUGAUAGUGGUAGAACAGAAAUGGAUGGUGUAAUAUGGGAUGGUGGUAACGAUUACAAUAGAAAAAGUAUAAAAGAAGUUUUGAUAAAAUGGUUAUCAUUUUUAGCAUAA